CAAAAACCCCUCCUCCUCCUCCUCCUCCUCCAUAUUGAGCAGCAGACACACCAACGGUCUGUUGUGGGGGGCAACGGAGAAGGGAGAGUGUGUGAGCAUCCACAGGGCCUCGACACCCACCCACCCACCCACCCACCCAGAGAGAGGGAGAGAGACACAGACACCCAGAGAGAGAGAGGGAGAGAGAGGCAGACAGAUACCCAGACAGACACAGACAGACAGACAAGCGGCUGAAAGCCUCUCCAGCCAACAAACAGCAGCUCUCAGUCACAGCCUCAACAUGUCCUCUCCAAGUCCAGGGAAAAGGCGAAUGGACACCGAUGUGGUGAAACUUAUCGAAAGCAAACAUGAAGUUACCAUAUUGGGGGGGCUUAAUGAAUUCGUAGUGAAGUUUUACGGACCACAAGGCACUCCUUACGAAGGUGGUGUGUGGAAAGUUAGAGUGGACCUUCCAGACAAAUACCCAUUCAAAUCUCCUUCCAUAGGAUUCAUGAAUAAAAUUUUCCAUCCGAAUAUUGAUGAAGCGUCAGGAACUGUGUGUCUAGAUGUAAUUAACCAAACGUGGACAGCUCUUUACGAUCUCACCAACAUAUUCGAGUCUUUCUUGCCCCAGCUGCUGGCCUACCCAAACCCAAUCGACCCCCUGAAUGGUGACGCUGCAGCCAUGUAUCUCCAUCGACCAGAGGAAUACAAACAGAAAAUAAAAGAAUACAUCCAGAAAUACGCAACAGAGGAGGCACUAAAGGAACAAGAGGAGGGUGCCGGUGAAAGUUCAUCAGAAAGCUCCAUGUCUGAUUUCUCCGAGGAUGAGGCUCAGGAUAUGGAAUUAUAGUAGCUUAUCACCCUCUUUCAGAGAGACUAUAUUAUUUCCUAACCAUUGAAAGCAGACUAUAAUAUUCAUAUUUAAAAAAAGCAAGUUUUUUUUAUUACUAAAACCAGGUUUUUAUGGAUAGCAUUGGUAUUUUAUCACCCUAGAUUUCUUGGUCAUUUCUCAACCUGAGGUGCAUCUUAUCCCACAUUCCACUGUAGCUGUGUGGCUCAAAAUGCAUGUUAUCACAUAACCUUGGUAUACCUACCUAACUCUUACAUGUUGAACCCAAACGGAAAAAGACGGAGGGAGAGGAAAAAGAACGCACCAUUUUGCAGAGCAGUGAUUUCAACUGGCAAAAAAAAAAGUUUAUUGUUGAGAGGAAACCAGUAAAAGUUUGAGUAAAAUCGAAGCACAACGAAAGGUUAUUAGGCAGAAGAAAACUAUACACAUUAUUUGCUCUGCAUGUUUUUUUUUUGUUUUGUUUUUUCUCCUCGUGAAUAAAAAUGGACGUACAGGUUCUACAUCCCCUUUUUAUUGUGGCAUGGUAUGGAAGAAUACAACCUGUUUAGGACUUUGGUUCUUACUCAGAUAUUAAAAAUCCUAGUGUUUGUGGCUUAAAACUGAAGGAUAGUGUUAAGUAAUUACUAGGUAGUGGUGAUCUUGAUUAUUCUAAUUAGCACGUUGUAUUAUUGGGGGAAUACUGCAGGCACCCUAUCUUGCUAUAUAGACUUACCUUUUUUUUAAAUAGCCUAUUACUAUGUGCUGACUUAUACCUGUUUGACUUAUUUAGGGUAGCUAGUAUGCUCGCUGGUGAUUUCAAAAUAAAAAUGUAUAUUUUCAUUGUUACAAUAGUCGAUUGGAAUUGAUUGGAAUCUCUUUUUUUUCUGUGGUGGGAUUGGAUUCUGUGGCUUUGAUUGUGAUAAACGCAGUUAUAAAAAGAGCAAAAUUGGAUUCUUCCUUCUCCCAACAAAAUGAUGACCAUUUAAUCGUAAUUGAUGCUGUACUGUAGCUGUCAGGGUCAAAGACUGUUUUGAAUGUCUCCGCAGGCCAUAAGAUUGCCACAGUCACUAUCCGAUUGCUUUAUUUUCUCUAGAAACUUUUACGAUGAUUCCUGCUUUUUUUUUUUUACCCCACCCCCCCUCUUCCAUUGCAUUUUUUUUUACCUUCCGCAUUUCAAAAAAAAAAAACCUCUCUUUAGGAAUUGCCAUCGAAUACCAAAAUACAAGCAACAGUCAAGUCAGUAUAAUCUCCUCUGCAUGUCCUUGUUACCCUGGGGUAGGACUGUACAUAAGCCCUGGUCAAAGGACAGAACACAUAUUACCAGGCUUCCAUUGGUGCUAUUCCGAACCAACAGAAGGUGCAUGGGAGUGCUCUAAGCGCGACAUUCUCACCCCAUACACACAUGCUUAAGAACUCGGAAGAUGCAAAACUUUUUGAGGGCUGGGGAAGUGAUCUGAGGGGAAUUUUUGUUUCCUUCUGGCGAGCGAUAUGUUAGUGCUGAGAAAAUGGAACACUUUUGCUUUUCAGAGAUUCAAGAUCAGCAUCAAGCACUCUUGGGUCAGGUGUAGCACAGAUAGGUGCAGGACAAGGCUUCCUUUACUCUCCCCCAACAGGCUGAACCCCUACUGAAGCACCGUAAUGUUCUGCACAUCAGCCUCCGGUGAGAUAGCAAUCAAUGCCAAAACGAGGACAGUUUUAUAGUGCGAUCGCACAUUCGUUGGGAGAAUGUUUGAGCGGACAGCUCACACUCAUUACACAUGGGGCCCUUGGAUCCUGAGAUGGGGAGGCUUUAAACUUGGACUGAGUUUGGAUGCAGAUAGUGAUGGAAGAAAAUAUAAAUUUUAAUGUAAUAAUCUAAUUUUGUGAGAGCCGUCAAUAAAUACUUCCUUUAGAUUGUCUUAAGAAUUGGCAAUACCAUGGUUCAGUGGUUAUUCAGAUGAAAUGUAAGUACAGAACUGUGUCAGCGGCUCUCAGUGCUCUAGAGGUUGAAUGUUCAGGGAUUAUUACGUGGGAGUCUUGGCAAUUGGAAUAUUUUUCUUGUCAGUGACCGGAGCUAACGGAGGAUCUUUUACACGUGUGAAGGUGGAGCUGGGCUUUGUGAGUUUUGUUUUCAGUACCUUUAGUUGUGCUCGUGCUGCCUAAACUAAAAUGCAUGCCUGAUUCUUGGCGUCGUUGCACCUCGAACUGACAUUGUGAUUGCCAGGACUCAUUGUGUACUGUAUAUCUCGUCUUAGACAUGAGCCACUCCGUUCAGUGGAGCGGUUGUGCAAGUAAUCAGCAUUGCAAGCAACAAUCUGCAUUUAUGCUGCAAACUGUAGAGAACAAAUGUUCUAAUGUUACAAUCUUCUAAUGUUACAUCACUAUUUUUUUCUCCCCAGGAGAUUGCUGAUGAGAGGGGAGGGAGAAAGUGUCGGAUUGUGGGUAGUUAUGGAUGCAUUUUUCAGAAAGCUAGACUUUCCCAUAGACUUGCUGCAGUUGGUAGUUCUCUACUGAAUAGAGGUGAGCUCACCUUUUCUUAGGAUACCUUGAGUGGACGCAGAACAAUAGCCCCAAGUUGGCUAACAACUAUACAUCUGCAUGAAACACAUCUAUACCUACAAAUUGGGAUUGAUGUCAUUUUUUUUCAUUGUGAAAAGACUUUGGGUUGGUGAACGCACUAGCCAGUGUAGACACAAGCCAAGGAUCCCAAAGGUCUCUAGCUCGAUUGAGAGAGCAGUGAGGCUGUUAGUGUUGGCUUCAACGCAACAAGGCUAGGGAGAGGGUGAAAAUCACACAGGAUUGCAAUCCUAAUGUACAGUGGGUUUUUUUCCCCCUUUCCCCCCCCGAAAAAAAAAUCGCUGGAUUUAAUGUGAGGACAGAUUGGGUUUUGGUGACUGCCCCCCCCCCCCAAUCUUAAUAGCCUUCCAACUCUCAUGGAUGAGGCUCACGCGUCAACUAUGACCAUUUGGGGUGAGGUAUUGGAGGCAGUCUAUGGUAUAGCAGUCCCAAGUUCAUAUCUGCAGGAAGUGGGGGAAAGUUUGGGGAACAGGUCAAUGCAAAUCCAAAUGAGCUGUGAAGGUUGAGUGCCAAUAAGGGCAACGUGAUGUCAAUUAAGAAUACCGUGAUGUCAUAACUCAUGUGGUGUCGUGCACAGGUAUUGAAAGUGCCUGUAUAAAUGGUGUUUAAACAUUUUUUUAAAAAAUAUAUAAAGUUGAUGUGAAAAUCUUGCAGUA